AUGCUUGAGAAGCUCCCUCUUGAGCUGCGCCGAGAGGUGUACCGUCAUCUCCUCGUCUCAACAAAUGUGCAGCAGCCUCCAAAUCGCUUCCUCAGCCGCCUAUAUCGGUUUGAAACCAUGAUCCUCGGCGCCAACAAGGCUAUCUUUAACGAAGCAUCACCAAUUCUCUACCAGGAGAACACCUUUGUCACGAUCUCUUGCAACCUAGGCCAAGUUUUCAAGGCGCUGAGAGAUGCCGAGAUUGCCCCUGUCUGCAGCAAUGCAAGCCUUGUUAGCCGUUGCAAGAAGGGCGCUAUGAUCAUCAGCAUCAACUUUGAGUGGCCAGAGAUACCAGAUGAAUUCUUCGCGAACCGCAAUCCUGCCUUGUUUCAUAGCUUCAUUCUUGUAGCGCAGGAUCUUGUGGCUUUUGCUCACGCUGAUACUGGUGGAUAUACGACGGAUGGGUUGCUCAACGACCUCUACACGCAGCAAGACUGCCUCUCGUUCACCGGCGUCUCCCCCACCUACACCACCGAUCUCAAAGCCACAAUGGCACCUCCCGUCCGCUGGACCAGAGACCUAGCCUGGAGCCUCUACUCCCUCUACACCCACUUCGCCAGCGUCGGUGACGCAGCCCUCAAACUGGGCAAAUACAGCAAAGCGAGCGAGAAAUACGACGAGCACUCGCUCUACCACGAGUCCGUGGUGGAAAACAACCGGCGUCUCCGCCAUCUCAACGACGAAGGCUUCGUCUCAUCCUUCGACAAUCUGUCCCGAACAAGCGAGCUGAACUUCAUCCUCGCCGUGCUCAAAAGCACCACCGAGCCCGACGCGACCAGAACGAAGCGGGAUGCCGUUAGAGCAGUGCUGGACUUCACGGGCGUGCGGACUAUUGAGAAUAACGAGCACAGCGACGAGACGAAGAGAACCGGAAUGGGGGGUGUCGGAGACAGUGGAGGGGGAGCGCUGGUUGUUGAGACGAUUGGGGUACAGGGGGGAUUUGAGGGGGGGAUUGUGGGGAGUAGAGAGGCGCAUGGGGGGGAGAUGGCGGAGUUGAUGAGGGUGUGGGAGGGGAUGGGAGGGCAGGGUGGUGGUGGUGGUGGGGGAGGGGGUGGUGGUGGGGGGGUUCUCUGGGUUGGGGCGAGAGAUGGGAGGGUUACGCUUGGGAGGUGA